AUGCUAGAAAAAAUAAAAAAAGAUUUAAAAAAUAGAUCUGAAACAAAAAUUGAAAACAUAAAAAUUUUAAUUGAAAAAUUUAAUAAAUUAAAAAUAACAAAAAAUGAAGAGGUUGAAGAGGCUAAAGAAUUGGCAGAAAAUGGAUGGGAUGAGUUAAAAAAUAAAAUUAUAUAUAGAAUGGAGGAAUUAUCUGUUGAAAUUUAUGAAGAUUAUAGAAAUGAAAUUAUUAAAGAAAUUUAUAAAUAUUCGGAUUUGCAAAGUGAAAAAGAAAAAAAGAUAAAUAGCUUAAAAAUUUUUUACAAAAAUAGUAAAUCCCAAUUGGAAACAGAAAAAGAGGAAUUAAAAAAAUAUAUAUUAACAAUUGAAGAAAAACAAAAUUUGGAAAACGUAAUGAAAGCAGAAGAAAAUUUUACAGAAAUAAUUUCUAAAGCCCAAAAAAUAGUUAAUAUAAAACCAACACGAAAACAAAAAGAAGGAAAGGAGGAAGAAAAUAAGGAAGAAACUAAACAUGAAAAAAAGAAAGAAUCUUUGAUGAAAAUUGUUAGAACAAAAUCAGUUGAUAGCCUCGCUACAAUGGCAAAAGAAAUUAAAAAUACAACAAAAAAUAAAGCAGAAUUAGAAAUAGAAGAAUUAUUAAAAAAUUGUGGAAAUUUGGAGAAAAAAUGGGAUGAAAUUAAAAAUAUUGGAACUUCUAUAGAUUUAUUUAAUGAAAAAAUAUUUGAUUUGGAAGAUGAAAUAAAAGGGAUUAUUAAUGAAAUUGAAGCUGAUAAAUAUGUUAAAGAAGGUGGAGAAAAAAUAAUUAUUGAGGAAAAUAAAGGGGAAAAACAGUUAAAUAAAGAAGAAUUGAAAGAAAAACAAUUAGAAGAAUUUAAGAAAAAAUUUAAAAAAUUGAGAAUAUUUAAUGAAAAUAAAGUUGAAUUAGAAGAUGAAUAUACCGAAUUGGAAGAGAAAUUUCUAGCAGAUAAAAGUAGAAUUUUAUCCAUUAAUUAAUGAAUUGAAACCAAUUCUUAACCAAAUUCGAAACAAAGCGGCAAUUAUAUAUCUAAUAUAUAAAUUAGAGG